AUGGAGUCCUCAAAAACAGAGCGCUCCCGCUCUCGCUCCCCAAGAAGAUCCCCCGGUCCGCGCAAGCCCAAAACCUUCAGCGGCCUAAAAUACAAAGGCGACCGCGACCGCCGCGACCCAGACAGACGACGCGACGAUCGCGACCGAGAGCGACGACCACGAGACUCAGACCGCGAUCGCGACCGCCGACGCGAUGGCUCCAGAGAACGCGAGCGCCGCCCCCGCGACAAUUCCCGCGACCGAAGACGAGACUCAAGCCGCGACCGGCGCCGCCGUUCCCGCUCUCGCGACCGCAAACCACGAGACAGCGACCGCGACCGCGACAGCAAACCCAAAGAGAAGAAACCCGCAGCCGCUCCUGCGGCACCUUCUGAGCACAUGAUCCUCGUCACUAUCAAUGACCGUCUGGGAACGAAAACACAAGUCCCGUGUCUGCCCAGCGACCCUAUCAAACUACUGAAAGCCAUGGUGGCAGCGAAGAUCGGUAGACCGAUCGAUUUGGAGUUGAAUACUGGGGAUUAA